CCGACUGAGGUGGAUGUGUGCUGCUCGUCUGCUGCGCACUGACACACGCAAACACGCGCGCACACGGGUCGACUGACAGAAGCCAAUCAGUGAACACAGUGAAAGUUGUUCAACUACUGUCUCUCACUGUGGGUCACUCGUCCACCCCGAGUCCGGUUCAGGUGUCCCCCCCCCUCCCGCGGCUGGAGUAAGGAGCGCAAGUUUCCAAUGGACACUGGACACUUGGAAACGACUGGAGCAGCAGUCAUGGGAAUAUCUCUGUAAUGUGGAUAGCUACUCCUCUACAGGAAAGUAAAGGUCUGCUGCGGAACAAUGUGAGGCGUUUUUCGUCUUGGAUUCUCGUGUUUUUGGAUAUCUUGAAAAAUAUUGGCAACAGUUGAAGAAGUUCAUGCGCACAGGAUCGUACGCCGCGACCCCUGGACCAACAUGGAUGUGGAGCCCCCUGCUCCUUAUUUAGAAUUAAAACUACAAGUUGUGUUGUAGUUGUUCACUGGUGGAAACAAAACGACACUUUUGGCUGCUUUUCUUUUCUUUAUUUUUUUUUUCUUUUUCAAACGUGUGCGUGGAUUAGAUUGUCAACACGAUGAACUUUAUUGACAGUUUGACUUUAUUAUUUUUGACGCUUUCUGUUGUCAAGAGCGCCCACAUACCGAAGGAAGCAGCGAGAGGUCCACAUGAUGUGAUCCCGUUAAUGGAGGUGUACAACAAGAGCUUGUGUAAGCCGCGAGAGCUUUUGGUGGAGAUCCUGCAAGAGUACCCCGAUGAGGUAGAGCACAUCUUCAUCCCUUCCUGUGUGGUGCUCACCCGCUGCGCCGGCUGCUGCAACGAUGAGACCCUGCAGUGUAUGCCCACGGCCACCAGAAACGUUACCAUGGAGAUAAAAAGAAUAAAACUCCAACGACAGCAAAGUGAUAUAUUUAUGAGCUUCACAGAACACAGUGCAUGUGAGUGUAGGUUGAGGAAAGAAGUGAAAGAACAGAGAGAAAAAACAUCCCGGAAAGGCAAGGCCAAAGGCCAAAAGAGAAAGCGAAAGAAAAGCCGCGACAAAACAAUUGCCGACGCGUAUGUCAGCUCCGCCUUCUCCACCUACCUGCACCUGAGUGUUGCGCUACUCAUUACUAAGCUCAUUUGGGAGGAGCUUUUUUGCCCCUUUUAAUCUGCACCAUUCCAUUUUUUUUUUUUUUUGGUCGAUCGGCAUGUUGCUUCUGUGAACGUCAUGUGCCUGUGUGUUGUCAGCUGUGUCCGUCCCUCCAGGAUUUCGUGGCCUCUUGUGUCGUGAUUGUGGGCGGAAAUACAUUUUUCCGAAACUUUCUUCACCAAUCUAUUUGCUUUUCAUCCACCACAAAACAGUAUUGAUAAGAAUAUCAUACAUAUCAGUUGCGUUUAAACACGCUUUCUCAGAUUAUCUAUGUAGAUCAAUUGAAUCAACAGUAAUUUUAAUUACAGUAAUAGUUCAUUUGGGGGGGAAUCUUUUUUUUUUUCUGGACAAGAUUAUACAGAUAAUCUUACUGAAGCGUAGUGCAUCCACAAGAAAUUUUGUUUUGCCAAGAUUAUACAUUUUUCGAGUUUGUUUUUUUUGUGUGGUAAUUUUUAUAUUAAUUUAAAAAGUAACAGAGGAUACUCAAAAUAAACUGAAGUUUAAAGUUGAAAAAAUCCAACUUUUAUUUAGACCAUCCAAACAUUUUUUUCCGAAAAUAAAUAGAAUAAUAUUUAAAUGUAGUUCCUAAAUAAGCCAUUGGAUUGAUCAAAUUUCUAGUGAAUAUCUUUCCUGACCCAAUAACAAUGUAGCAACACCUUCAACCCAACCUACAGGGCCGUAGGGUAAUGGUUUAUUUCAGGCGGGUGUGACCCAGAUCCCACUGAGAAUCCAAAAUUAUGUUGCCAUAUUUGGCGGGACCCUGUAUCAAUAUGCGUCAACUUCUUCUCCUUAGUGGGUGUGGCUAAUGACACAGGUCAGUCUUGUAUUAAGAGCAAUAAUGCUCCUUCAACUUUCCUUACCUGUCGACCUGAAAUAGUGACAUAGUUUCAGAACAGUUUUUGCGAUGCUGUUGACAACUAAAGAUACUGUACUGUGCUCUGUCGUCGGCAAAAAUUGUGGAGGGACAGUUCCAUGUUAACAUUUUAACAGCUUUAUCGAUGACCACCACAUGCCAUCGUACCACUCACAAACAAACGCUCACCAGCCUGUAAACGUCCAUGAGACCGGGACAAAAUUCUGACAGCAGCCAUCACAAGGAACCUGAUAGUUGGAGGGCAUAAACAGGUCUCAGAUCAGCGAGUCACAGGUCCACCACCAGCAUGGCUCUGAUCUGGUAUCUGCUCUGGGAUCCGCUGGAUUAUAAUCUGUGUUGAGUCUGUGCUGCUUUGCUGUGUCUUCUCUUCUUUUUCUCCUUUCAUCUUUCCCAAACAGGUUUGUGAACUCUGCUGGUACUUUUUAUGUAACGUGCCGGUAGCGGCGAUUGUGAUCGGUUGCUUUUGUGUUUUGGCUCGGGGAGAGUUGUAAACUUGUUUUUGUGUCACAACGUAACUGUUUUAUUCUUCUUACCUGGUAUAGAGCGUGUGUAUCCUUCUCUGUUGUGACAUCAGAUGUCUGUAAAAAAGGUGGUGCCGCUCAAUAAAAUGAACCCUUUUUUUUCCAAGCAGGCUCUCGAGUCUUCUUCAGUCUGUCCUGCCAUCCUCUCCUGUCUGAACUGCAUGAAGGCCUCAGCUUUGCUCGUGCAUGUCUUAAACUAACAAGCUUGCGAGUGGUCCAAUCGAAGCGGGAGAGUUCGGGGGGCGUGCGGGCGGGUAAUUUUACUGCUUGUAUAUUUGCCUGCGCCGCGGGAGGUGGUGCGCAACUCUGCCCGCCGUACGGGUCAAGGCAGCGGGAUGUCUUUUUGGAAGGGAAUGGAGCGUUGAAAGGGUUGUGACCCGAGUGUAACCAGGUCUCGCUGGGCUGAUGAUAACCUGCUCUCCGUC